UUCAGCGUUUGAGUGAAGACGGAGGCGGGUUCUGGAGAGACUUACGCUGUUAGGGAGUGUUUACUUCGCCUCUACUUCUGUUCCUCCCCGCCCUGAUGCUGCUCCGGGUCACAUACUCGUCCUGAGCCGGCUUCAGCCUGUCCGCGCAGAAGUCUCCCAGAGCUAUGGCCGAGUACUCCUAUGUGAAGUCUACCAAGCUCGUGCUCAAGGGAACCAAGGCGAAGAGUAAGAAGAAAAAGAGCAAAGAUAAGAAGAGAAAAAGAGAAGAAGAUGAAGAAACCCAGCUUGAUAUUGUUGGAAUCUGGUGGACAGUAACAAACUUUGGUGAAAUUUCAGGAACCAUAGCCAUUGAAAUGGAUAAGGGAACCUAUAUACAUGCACUCGACAAAGGUCUUUUUACCCUGGGAGCUCCACACAAAGAAGUUGAUGAGGGCCCUAGUCCUCCCGAGCAGUUUAUGGCUGUCAAAUUAUCUGAUUCCAGAAUUGCCCUGAAAUCUGGCUAUGGAAAAUAUCUUGGUAUAAAUUCAGAUGGACUUGUUGUUGGGCGUUCAGAUGCAAUUGGACCAAGAGAACAGGGGGAACCAGUCUUUCAAAUGUACGGGAAAAUGGCUUUAUUGGCCUCAAAUAGCUGCUUUAUUAGAUGCAAUGAAGCAGGAGACAUAGAAGCAAAAAGUAAAACAGCAGGAGAAGAAGAAAUGAUCAAGAUUAGAUCCUGCGCUGAAAGAGAAACCAAGAAAAAAGAUGACAUUCCAGAAGACAGAGGAAAUGUAAAACGAUGUGAAAUCAAUUAUGUAAAGAAAUUUCAGAGCUUCCAAGACCACAAACUUAAAAUAAGUAAAGAAGACAGUAAAAUUCUUAAAAAGGCUCGGAAAGAUGGAUUUUUGCAUGAGACGCUUCUGGACAGGAGAGCCAAAUUGAAAGCCGACAGAUACUGCAAGUGACUGGGAUUUUUGUUUCUGUCUCAUCUUUUUGUGUUUUUUUCUGAAUAAAAUAUUCAGAAGAAAUGC